AAGUAGCAGAAGAGCGGUAGUGUACUGUUCUCCUGACUGUCAGGCUGCGAUAACACGACAGGAGCCGCACGACAGGAGCCGCAGGGAGCAGUCGCGAUGAGUGUGACACGGGGCACUGGUGCUGGCAGAGCUGCAGACUGGGAGGUGUGCUGGGGUGGAGACCAGUGAGCAGCCCCAUUCCAGUAUGGGAUACAGGUGGAGUGCUGGGACAGCAGAGCACACACUCCACACUGGCAUCUUCAUCAUGGGGACCAUAGGCAAGAAGAAAGGCAUCCAUAGACCUGCACAUGGCUGUACCACCAUUCCAAGGCUGGCACUGGAACUAAAGCAAAUCAUCCAUUGCUCCUCGCAUCCCAAACUUCCCCAGGUCACUCCCAUACGGGUGAUGAUGCCUCUAGGACAGCUCAUCAAGGGAGCCAGCUUGGACGAACUGAUACAGAUGUGCAUUCAAAGUUUUGAUUCUGAUGGGAAUGUUUGCCAGGGCAACGAGCUGGUGCAAAUCAUGCUGACAAUGCAUGGGUUCCUGAUUCCCUCAGCAGACCUGCUAAACAAGCUCAGGACACUAUAUGAGGAGGCUUUGGAGAAGAAGUCAUUGAUAUUCUGCCUCAAAAUCUGCUACCUUGUAAGGUACUGGAUUACAGAGCUUUGGACAAUGUUUAAAAUGGACUUGCGUCUCACUCAGACCAUGGAAGAGUUCCAAGAGAUGGUGCGAGCACAAGGCGAAGAAUCACACUGGCUGCUUCUUGACACGGCUCAAAUUAACUCUCGGGAGUGGUCAAGAAAAUUGACACAAAGAAUAAAACCUAACUGUAGCAAGAAGAGGAAAGUCUCCCUUCUGUUUGACCACUUAGAGCCUCAAGAAUUAGCAGAACACUUAACUUAUCUAGAGUUCAAAUCAUUCCGCAGAAUUUCUUUUUCCGAUUAUCAGAACUACAUUGUGAAUGGCUGCGUGAAAGAUAAUCCCACCAUGGAACGUUCAAUUGCUCUCUGCAAUGGGAUUUCCCAGUGGGUUCAACUGAUGGUCUUGAGUCGGCCAACUCCCCAGCUACGAGCUGAAGUUCUCACCAAAUUCAUUCACGUGGCUCAAAAACUUCAGCAGCUGCAGAACUUUAACACUUUAAUGGCAGUCAUCGGAGGCCUUUGUCACAGCUCCAUCUCUAGGCUUAAGGAGACCAGUUCCCAUGUUUCUCAUGACGUGCAUAAGGUACUAAAUGAAAUGACAGAACUCCUUUCCUCCUGCAGGAAUUAUGAUAACUACCGGAGAGUAUACAACGAGUGCAGCAAUUUCAAGAUUCCCAUCCUCGGCGUGCACCUGAAAGAUCUUAUUUCUCUUUAUGAGGCCAUGCCUGACUUUGUAGAGGAGAAAAAAAUUAAUGUGCCAAAGUUGCACUCCAUGUACAACCAUAUCAAUGAGCUCAUCCAGUUACAAAACAUAGCUCCCCCACUUGAUGCUAAUAUGGAUCUUGUACAUCUGCUUACACUUUCUCUGGACUUGUAUUACACAGAAGAUGAAAUGUAUGAGUUGUCUUAUGCAAGGGAACCAAGGAAUCAUCGAGCUCCACCCGUCACCCCCUCCAAGCCUCCAGUUGUAGCAGAUUGGGCAUCCGGUGUCUCCCCUAAACCAGACCCAAAAACAAUCAGCAAGCACGUGCAAAGGAUGGUAGAUUCUGUAUUUAAAAACUAUGACCUGGACCAAGAUGGAUAUAUAUCCCAAGAUGAAUUUGAGAAGAUAGCUGCCAGCUUUCCCUUUUCUUUCUGCAUUAUGGACAAGGACAGGGAAGGUCAGAUCAGCAGACAAGAAAUCACAGCCUAUUUCAUGCGAGCCAGCUCCAUAUGUUCAAAGCUUGGCCUGGGUUUUCUCCAUAACUUCCAGGAAACCACCUACCUCCGUCCUACAUUUUGUGACAACUGUGCCGGAUUUCUUUGGGGUGUAAUUAAACAAGGAUAUCGCUGCAAAGACUGCGGGAUGAACUGCCACAAGCAAUGUAAAGAACUGGUUGUCUUUGAGUGUAAGAAAAGGUCAAAGUGCCCCACUGGGGACAGCAGUUUGUCACCAGACUCCGGACAGACCGAUGUUUCAUUAGCCAGUGGCAAAGGCAUGACAAACGAUUGCUUAACAGAUGAGGACCCCUUUUCUUUUGCAAAUGGGGAAGGAAAUAACCAUACAGAACUCAGCAAAGACAGAACAAUCAUGUUGAUGGGGAGCUCUGCUCAGAAGAUUUCUGUACGGUUACAACCAGCUGUAAAACACCGUGCCACCCAGACAGAUGAGUGUCCUGCUAGCCCUACUUUACUUGUUCCCUCCAUGCACCGGAGCCGUACACCAGAUCCCUCUCUAAACCGUAGCUCAUCUCCCUGUCCCAGUCCAAUGCUAAUAAGGAAGCGGGCGUAUGCCAAGUGGGAAAAUAAGGACUCUGUUCGAAAAGCACGAGAGGAGAGACGAGGAAUUAAACCCACAAAUCAAGAAUUGGAAAAAGAGAGAUCACAUCUAAAGGAGGAGAACACAAGUCUGAGGAUCCAGCUUAAAGAUGCUCAGCGACGAAUUGAAGCUUUGCGAGCGGAACUCAGAAAAUACAUUCUGGACAGUGAGCCUGUUGGGAAGGGAUCAUAGCCAUAGAGACUGGACAGCUGCAUUGCCACGUAUUGUAUAGAAAAUAGCUAAUCCACUGCCAAAGUGGAUGAGACGGAUGCUUGCGGUAUCCCUACGGAUGGAGUACAGUGUGAUAAAUCCCUGUGCCUGCUCUUUGUUGGUAGCUUAGUAGGAGAUACCUGUGUUGUACUUAGAGUUGCAAAUGCACAGUAUUCACUCCAUAAGGGGCACUUGGAAAAUCUAAUAGUUCUCAUUAAAUAGUCAGUUUAGGAAGCCUCUCCCAGCACAUAACUAUUCACGUGCAUGGGUUAUGGGGUGAUGACUAUGCAGAGGAAAUAUACACCAUUGUUUACCUACUGUUUUAAGGAGAAGAUGUGUAAUGUUUCUCUUUAUUACCUGUGCAUCAUGUAUAUUUUGUUUAUCCCUGCCCUGUCGGUAGCAGAGGUAGAGGGUGGCACCAUACACACCUGUACAUUCCUGCAACAAUUCAUAAAUAUUUAGAUCUUGCUAUGGUCGGUAAAACAAAGCAGUAAUGUAAGCUUCAGGCCGUUACGCUCCGGCUUUUCCUUAUCAUCUGUGCUGGUUACAAUAGGUAAAGUCUGCUAAUGGAACAUGAAUUCAAGCAUAACUCCAGGAAGAUGAGAUUUGAGGUGCUUCAUUUCCCAAAGCAAAGGCAUACUUUAGCCUGCAGAUGGGACAUGGAAGCAGCAAGAUGAUAUAGUGAAUUGGCUUAGGAUCUGAUAGGUUGAACUUACAGUCCUUGAUAGAGACCAAAGGUAAGCAAACUGUGCCUUUGCUGUAGUUGUAUUUGGGUAUAGAAGAUUGGACUAAAACUUUUAGUUUCCCCUUCAGUUGUGGGCUCACCAUAAUGUUUGCUUAGAACUUGUAAGACAUUAAAAAGCUACUGUAUACAAAACUUGUAACAUAGUAGUAACAUAGUUCUUAAGGUUGAAAAAAGACCAGAGUCCAAGUUCAACCUAUAACCCUAAUGAGUCCCUACUGAAUUGAUCCACAGGACGCCAAAGGACUCAUACUAGAGGUAAAAAUUCCUUCCUGACUCCAAAUAUGUGAAUAUAUCAGAAUAGAUCCCUGGAUCAACCUUCUGUCCCUAUAGAUCUAGAAUCCAUAACCUGUAAUGUUAUUAUUCUCCAAAAAUGCAUCCAGACCUCUUUUUUAAAUUCUUUUACAGAGUUCACCAUGACCACCUCCUCAGGCAGAAAAUUCCACAGUCUCACUGCUCUUACAGUAAAGAACUCCCAUCUGUGCUGGUGUAGAAACCUUCUUUCCUCUAGACAUAGAUGUUGUUAUGGAUACAGUCCUGGGUAUAAAUAGAUCAUGGGAGAGAUCUCUGUACUGUCCCCUGAUAUAUUUAUACAUAGUUAUUAGGUCUCCCCUAAGCCUUCUUUUUUUCUAAACUAAAUAACCCCAAUUCUGAUAAUCUUUCUGGGUAUUGUAGUCCUUCCAUUCCCCGUAUUACCCUGUUGCCCGUCUUUGAACCCUCUCCAGCUCCACUAUAUCUUUCUUGUACACUGGUGCCCAGUACUGUACACAGUAUUCUAUGUGUGGUCUGACUAGUGAUUUGUACAGUGGUAGAAUUAUUUCCUUGUCGUGGGCAUCUAUACCCCUAUUGAUGUACCCCAUGAUUUUAUUUGCCUUGCCAGCAGCUGCCCGACACUGGUCACUACAGCUAAAUUUACUAUUAACUAAGACUCCUAGGUCCUUUUCCACAUCAGUCGUCCCAAGUGUUUUCCCAUUUUAUACAUAAUCCCAGCCCUCUUCCCCAUGUGCAACCUUACAUUUAUCAGUGUUGAACCUCAUCUGCCACUUCCUUGCCCAAACCUCCAACCUAUCCAGAUCCAUUUGUAACAGUGCACUGUCCUCUAUAGUGUUUACCGCUUUACAGAGUUUAGUAUCAUCUGCAAAGAUUUCUACUUUACUAUUCAACCCCUCUACAAGGUCAUUAAUGAAUAUAUUAAAUAAGACAGGACGAAGUCUGACCCCUGUGGUACCCCACUAGUAACAGUCACCCAAUCAGAAUAAGUACCAUUAACCCCUUAAGGACCAGCGUUUUUUCCGUUUUUGCACUUUCAUUUUUUCCUCCUUACCUUUCAAAAAUCAUAACUUUGCACCUACAAAUCCAUAUGAUGGCUUAUUUUUUGCGCAACCAAUUCUACUUUGUAAUGACAUCAGUCAUUUUACCCAAAAAUCUACGACGAAAUGGAAAAAAAAAAAUCAAAUUCCCUUUCUACACAGUACAUUUUUCGGUAAAAAGUACAUCUCUUUAUUCUGUAGGUCCAUACGUUAAAAAUGAUACCCUACUUAUAUAGGUUUGAUUUAGGAAAAUUUAUACGUUUAAAAUUGUCAUCUUCUGACCCCUAUAAUUUUUUUUUAUUUUUCCGCGUAUGGGGUGGUAUGAGGGCUCAUUUUACCAUUUUUGUAUUGAUCGGACUUUCUGAUUCCUUUUAUUCAUUUUUUCAUGAUAUAAAAAGUGACCAAAAAUACACUAUUUUGGACUUUGGAAUUUUUUUGCGCAUGCACCAUUGACCAUGCGGCUUAAUUAAUUAUAUAUUUUUAUAAGUCAGACAUUUCCGUACGUGGCGAUACCACAUAUGUUUAUUUUUAUUUACACAGUUUUUUCUUUAUGGGAAAAGGGGGGUGAUUCAAACUUUUAUUAGGGAAGGGGUUAAAUGAUCGUAACUUUUUUUUUUUUUUUUUGCAAUUUUAUAGCUCCCAUAGGGGGCUAUAACACUGCACACACUGAGCUUUUACACUGAUCAAUGGUUUCUCAUAGGAAACCAUUGAUCGAUGAUUCUGCUGCUUGACUGCUCAUGCCUGGAUCUCAGGCACUGAGCAGUCAUUUGGCGAUCGGACACCAGGAGGCAGGUAAGGGGACCCUCCUGCUGUCCUACAGUUUUUCGGGAUGCCGCGAUUUCACCGCGGCGAUCCCGAACAGCCCGCUGAGCUAGCCGGGGGUAGUUUAGUUUCACUUUAGACGCGGUGAUCAACUUUGAAUGCCGCGUCUAUAGGGUUAAUAGUGCGCAGUACUGCGAUCAGUGCCACGCUCUAUUAGCCAUGGGUUUCGGCAAUUAUUAGAGGCUGGGCCUGACCCGCUAUGACGUGGGGCCACGCCGUGGCCCUGCGUUAUAGAACGGGAGCGGACUCAGAGCAUACAGGUACGCCCUUGGUCCUUAAGGGGUUAAUAACCACCCUCUGUUUCCUAACACUGAGCAAGUUACUUACCCACUUGCACACAUUUUCUCCCAGUCCAAGCAUUCUCAUUUUAUGCACCAACCUUUUAUGUGGCCCCGUAUUAAAUGCUUUGGAAAAAUCCAGAUAUACGACAUCCAGCGAUUGCCCCUGGUCCAGGCUGGAGUUCACCGCCUCAGCUGAUCAGGUUAGUUUGACAUUACCGAUCCCUCAUAAAGCCAUGCUGAUAUGGGGUCAUACAUUUAUUUUUAUCAAGAUACUCCAAAAUAGCAUCCCUUAGAAAACCCUCGUGGUAGGUCAUCAUCAAGCAAUAAAAUAAAAGCCAUAUAUAUAUAAAGUGUUAAACUGAAAAUUUGACAACUCCACCUACCAGUGGUCAUGUGUAGAGAGAGGUUUCCAAACUGAUGUCAGUGUUACUGGUUAUAAUGUAGAUAGCAUAGAGUAAUCCAUAGUAGUUAGCGUACAUGACUAGCUAGAACUGAGACUGACUAUGUGAAUGGAAUACCUUCACUGUUGUGUUAGGACUUUAGAAACAUAGAAGCUGGAUCCAUUGCUGCUACACUCUCUGUGUUAGGUGCAGGUACUUGUGCUGAUUGUCGGAAGCUCUCAAGAACCUUCUAUGUAAAUAUUGUACAGUUUUUUAUUUGUUGAUAUUGUCAGUUUUUGUGUCUAUUAUUUAAAACCAGUUGAUCUGAUUUUUGUUCACAUCUGAGUCCAGAAAGUCAAACAGCUUAUUGUUUUGGUUUCAGGAUUUCUGUGCUUGUUAUUCUGGGCUGGGAAGGGGACUAAAGCGGUUGAUGUUAUAUUAAUAAAACAAAUGGGAAAAUAUAA